CUCUGGCAACGAGACACAGGCAGGAGUCAGUAUGCCUUCAUCUGCUGCGAAGGGAGGGUGUGUGCGCAAGUGUGUAGCGGUGUGUUGACGCAUGUUAUUCCAUGUCUCGGAGAAUGCAGUGAGGAACAUGUGCACGACGCCACGCCAGUGCACGCCAGCAAGGAAUACUGCCCCCCAGUGUGUGGCGCGCGGUGCACUGCUGUUGUGGCCGGGGAAAAGUUGUAAUUUUACAGAAUUGGAUAACUUUUAACACCACGAGAGAAGUUCACCUUGCCAAACACCUGGUGACAUCCUGCGGCACCCACAGGCGCGGCGGAGGGACCUUCCUGGCGGGCUGGACGCUGACACCAGGUGGAAGAUGUGAGGGGUGAUGUCCUCCGCUGCCCCUCGCUCAUGCCUCAAGCCGCCCCCCAGGAACCCGUGGGUGGCUGAUGACGGCGGCGAGAGCAGCACUUCCUCUAGUCAGCACCAGCAGCAGCAACAACAGCAACAGCAGCAGCAGACGAACCAUCAGCAGCAGAACAAUCAGCAGCAGCAGCAGCAACAGCAGCAGGUGGUGCUGAGUGAGGCCCAGCGGCCCCAUGAAGCGCUGGCCCACCAGUAUGCCACGCCCUACCAGCCCGGGGCGACCCACCCCGCGGUGCGCCCUGCUCUCAGCACUGCCCCGGGCCACAGCAGCGCCCAUAGCGUCAGCGGGCACCCGGUGGUGAGUGUGGCCAGGGCGGGACACUCCGUCCACGGCGUGGUGCAUUCCCACACCGCCCACUCUCUGCACGCCCACGCCCACGCCAGGCCGCUGCCCAAUGCCGCCCACUCCGUGCACUCAGUGCCGGGGUCACUGCAGCAGCCCUGGGUGGAGCCGCAGCUACUGUGGAGCACACCCGCACUGCAGGGUGUGGGCGGCGUACCGGGAGGCGUGUUCACGGUGGGCGGCGGAGGUACGGAGGGAUCAUGCACCGUGCUGCCGCCUGGCGUGUACGGCCAAACCCACGCCCUGCACGCCAUGCACCACCUCCCCCCACAGGGUGGAGGUUCCAGCGGGCAGACUUCCACUACAGGAGGAGGCUGGAGUCACCCCCUGCCAGGCGCGGCACACCAGAAUAAUGCAGGCGGAGCGGCGUCUGGCUGGGGCGCGGGCGUGGGCGUGCGGGCAUCUGGCGGGGUGGUGGAAGGAUCCCGUUGCGAGAUGUGCCACUACUACUGCUUUAGGGCGGCGCAGGCGGUGUUCGUGGCGGGCAUUGUGACGGGCUUCUCCCUCCUGGUGGCCGGCGGGGUCUUCCACAGGCAGCACGUGGAGCACCUUCAGGUGCUGGUGUACAUCGGCGCCCUGGUGUCCCUGGUGUGCGUGGUGCUUCUGGUGAUAUUUUGUGCCAUGAACAAGGACCACAGGACUAGACGGAGCGGUGCCUUGCGUUUCUCUGGGCCGCAGGUGGUGGUGGGGGACCCUGAGGCCGUGCCCCUCAGGGCCAUAGAGGCCGCCAACACCGUGGUGGUGCCCAGCGAGGCGUCCCACGGGGCCAGAACGGCGGAGAGCGGCUCCAGCAUGGACAUGUUGCACCACAGCAACCACAGCUCGUGCCUCGUGGGGCCCCCGCCCACCAGCCACGCCUGCCUCGCGGCACAACCCGCCCACACCCAGCCGCUCUGCUACUCCGGUGCGCCCGCACACCCAGCGGCGCCGGGCAUGGUGGGCGUGACCGCCGCCAACCACUCCCACCAAAACUCAUCAGAGGCGGCACAUCACGUGCAGCAAGGUAGACAGAGGAUCGAGGAAGACGUGGAGGGCAGCCGAUACAACAGGAUCUGGAAGCAGCCUAACAUGUCCUCUUCUGAAGCCUCCAAGUUGUGAAGCCUAGUGUUCUCUCGUUCUCCUCGCCCUCUGGCCCGUAUUCUGAUAUGCUUUGUUCUCACCAUCACGGCUUUCCAAGGGCUCCAGUUGAAGAUGCUCAUGAAACUACCCCAGAACUCAUCCCAUGAAUAAAAAAAAAGAAAUAAAAAGAAAUGAGCAAAAGAAAAAGAAAAAAGCUAAACAUUCACUUUGGCGUGGGGUCAGAGUGUAGCAUAUAGAGUACCAGAGAGUAGCAGGGUGUACCAGAGUGUAGCAGGGUGUUUUUAUCGUUCUGGGGAUGGAUUGGCAAGAUUUCUGGUUUAUUAAAAGGAGAAACUAUUGAAAACCCGGCUAGUUGUCUCUGUGGCCUUGGAAAAUUGUCGUAGUGAGAGGGAAAAGCGUUUCUGAAUACCGGCGUCUCCUACGUGGGGAAGCCUUCAUCAGCUCCCCCACCCACCACAUUGUUACUUAUCAGCGUUUGUAAAUCAUCAUUAUCAUCUUUUUUAUAACGACACAGUGGCUAGAGGCGUUUUUACUAUGGUUCACUGUUUCUCUCACUCAUCAAACGUUCUUUUCCCUAUAUUCUGCAACCCAUGAAUCUACUUUAGUGUCAAAUGUGCGUUUAUUGUUUCUCUCUCUCUCUCUUGGUGUCACAGUGAGAAAUAACGUGUGGGUUAUAUUGAAGACACUUUUCCCUUUCUAACGUGGACAUAGAAAGGAACAAAGUGUAUUGGCGUGGUGAAGGUGUUGGAGUGUGGUGUGGGAAAGAAGUUAGCAUGUGUAGGGUGUAGGAAUGAAGGAAGGAAGGACUGUCUCUAUAAACUCCUUUUCUCUUCCUUCGUUAUGGAACUAUGAAGUGUUUUGCUAUCCGUUUCUCUUCAGCCAGUCAUCCUGUUUUGGUUGCAGUCUUCACACACAACUAUGCUGUUUUCGAGGCUCGCCCAGGGAAGGUUUCGUUAUCCAAGCUAGUCAGUGAUUCGUAGCAGUUGUCUGGUUAUAUUUCUCCUUUAUCGAGAUUAUCCUGUAGUAGUUUUUAAUAGUUUAUGGUUAGUUGCUCUAUUUUUUAUGAUGAUUUGUUGUUAUGACAAUGAGGAGAUACACAUGUGAUGCAACACACACACACACACACACACACACAUUUUUUUCACGUGGGACAUUGAAAUUCGUUCACUCCUACAGACAAAAUAUAAAGUAUGCCUUUCAUUCGCAGGAGAUUUCUUUCUGCGGAACAUUCUUUAUUUGAUGUUGGGACAGUGAUGAAGGUGAGCCUAGGCCCCAGCACAGUGGUGAGGUGGUCUGUGGUGUGGGGCACUUGGCAAGCACUGUCUGGCUGUGUCUCGGUGGUUAGGUUCUGUUUACGUGCACUCCAGACUCCAGUACACAAGUACUUCCCUCACAUAUCCUAAGUGUACACAAGUGAUUUUGUCAGUACUUGUACUGUAGCUACGCGCGUCAUCACUUAUCACUACCAUCACCAUUAUUAUUUAUCAUUUCUCCUUGACAGACAUCAGUUUACUUAUAUAUUACUCUAACUAUAAGCUGCUUCUGUACAUGAAAUAUUCAUCUUUAUGCUGUCAGCGUUUUCUAAGUUUAUGAUCUAUUGUACAGUGUGUUCAUGUGCCAAAUCUUGGAAUAGAGGAGUUGUUUGCAACUUCAAUUAAUAAACAUUUGUACAAACCA